AUGGUUCAGAGUAUUAUUACAUUUCUUGCACCAGCUUGUUCUGCUGGUAUGCUUUCAUCAGAAUGUGAUAGUCUGAAAUUAACUCUGGAAGAUAAAUUAAUGGACGAAAGGGAUCAGAAGAUAUCUGCAGAUAUAUUAAGACUUGUACGGUACAUCGAAGCUCGCCCGUGCAAAUUCACAAUUUGCAAUGUUCUGCGCAUCGACUGGACAUUACCCGUGAUCAUUCUGAACGUCUGCUUUACUUAUCUGAUCGUUAUUGUACAAUUUUCGAAUAUUGGAAUAGCGCUUGCGUGUAAUAUGCCGAAUAUGAUGCUUGCAGUAUACCAUGGUCUGAAAUCACUGCAAGAUAAAACUAGUAGUACUAUGAUACCGUGGACUAUAAGUAUCGGAGAUAUCAUUGUGACAUACAUACCGACACUGCAAUCUAUUGUAUUCUUAUUUGCACCAGCUUACGCUGCUGGAGUACUAUCCUCAAACUGCGAUAACCUGAAAAUGACUCUUGAAGAGAAGCUUCUAAAGGAGAAAGCGUUAAAGAAAUUAGAUUCCGAAACCGCCCGCGCUUUCGAACUAGAUAAACGGGGAUCCGACAUCCCAUCUUUCGAUACAUUAGUGUCAUUUGUGCGCGAUCACAUUAGAAUAUUGCAACGCACUUCUUCAAGCAACCAAGAAGUUACUAAGAAAGUUGUCGAUCGUCGUAUGGAUGCGGCAUCGAAAGUUAUGCAACAUAAAUCUACAUACUCUUAUACUACAACCGCUAAUCCGCAGCCUAAGUGCUCAUUGUGUAACAUACAACAUGAACAUUUAUAUAAAUGUCCAGGUUUUCGAAAUUUAACGCCUAAUGAUCGUUUCCGAUUUGUUAAAUCUAAUUCUUACUGUAUUAAUUGUCUAAGUAAAAAUCACCGUGUAUUUAAUUGUAACUCAAAUAGUCGAUGUCACAAAUGUGACUCAAAACAUCAUACUAUGCUCCACUUUGAGCAUAGUAAUGCCACCUCCACCGCGAACAUACUCAGUGGUAGUUCGGUCACAGCGACUACGUCACGCGCAGUGGAUCUAUCGUCGCACUCGUCGCACACGCAGCCCGCUGUUGGUGGCGGCGGCGGCGGCCGACCGGCUCCUUGCACGGACCGCGCCCCGCACUCACCCCCGCCGACACCCGUCGUAUCCCGCGCAUCGGAAGACGUAGCAUUAUGCACGUUAUCAGACAAUGUUAAUAAAAAUAUGCCUCGCGUACCUACUACCGUAUUGUUAGCCACCGCUCGUGUUUUAAUGAUCGAUAGAGACGGUAACGAACAUUAUAUUAGAGCAUUAUUGGACAGUGCUUCUCAAACCGAUGAUAGUUACGCUACUCCUGGGAACAUUGACAUGUUAAUCGGUGCCUCAAUUUUCCCGCAUUUAAUAUUGUCCCGUAAGGUUAAAGGUCAACCCGCAUACGUCUCGCCGUAUGCUAUUGAGACCGUAUUAGGCUUUGUUAUUGUAGGUUCAGCUCCCGCUAGAUCAAAUACCGAUACUUCCGUGUCUAAUAUGUUAGAUAAUUGUAAUUACACUACCACCGCGCAUUGUUGUGUUACCGAACCCACGAUGGAAUCCGUUCUAUGUAGAUUCUGGGAAAUGGAAGAGGUGAAUGUUACACCGAUUCUCAGCCCGGACGACAAGGAGUGUGAAGCUAUUUAUGCUGGCACUACCACUCGCGAGGACGACGGUCGUUAUACCGUCGCGCUUCCCUUCAAGGGUAAUGCACAUUCUCUUGGCGACUCGCGUCGAUUAGCCGAGAAAUGUUUCUUUUGUCUCGAACGCAAAAUGCAGGCUUCGCCUGAACUCAAGCAAGCCUAUGAUGACGUCAUUACGGAGUAUUUAGAUAAGAGUUAUAUUUCACCCGCACCCGUUAAUGAUGAUAGUAAUGCUCCUUCGUAUAUAAUACCGCACCAUGGAGUUAUUCGAAAAGAUAAACUCACGUCUAAAUUGCGCGUCGUACUCAAUGCUAGCGCUAAAACUAGCACGUCCGUAUCUCUCAACGAUCUUCUUUAUAAUGGACAGAAUUUACAACGCAAUUUAUUUGAUAUUAUAGUUAACUUCAGAUUAUUUUCAGUAGCUCUCUCUGCCGAUAUUAGGCAAAUGUUUCUUUGCAUUCGUAUUAGAGAGAGUGACCGCAGAUUUCAACGCAUAUUGUAUAGAUUUUCGCCUGACGAACCUCUCCAGGUUUAUCAGUUUAAUCGCGUUUGUUUUGGACUCAAAUCGAGUCCGUUUCUUGCACUGCGUACUAUUAAGCAGUUAGCCACCGACGAAGGCGAAUCGUUCCCAAAAGCUAAGGAAGCGGUUCACACCGGUCUGUACAUGGAUGAUUUAGUAUAUUGUCUAGAUAGUGAAGAUGAGGCUAUCGUCACAGCUGCUGAGAUCAUCUCACUCAUGAAGGCCGGACAAUUUGAUCUUGUCAAAUGGACGAGCAAUUCGCAAGUAGUUUUAAAUUCCAUUCCGUCAACACAUCGACUUUCGUCGGUCGUAGAAUUCGACGUGUCUGAUACGCAUAAAAUUCUGGGUCUGUGCUGGUCUCCUAGCUCAGAUUUAUUUAGUUUAAAAAUUUGCACGCCCGCUGAAAAGUGUACAAAACGCACCAUUUUAUCUUGUGUCGCAAGAUUGUGGGAUGUAAUGGGUUUCGUAGCACCCGUUAUAUUAUUUGCCAAACUUCUUGUCAAAGAGUUAUGGUUAUGCAACUGCGAUUGGGACGACGCCCCCCUGAAGUUAUCGUCAGACAAUGACGCUAGUGAAAAGGCUUAUGGUGCUGUUGUGUACUUCCACGUCGAGAAUGAUGGUGUGAGUACUGUGCAUCUUAUAAGUGCAAAAUCUAAGGUUGCACCCCGCAAAGUCGUGUCGUUGGCCCGACUCGAACUUUGCGCAGCGCUUUUGCUCGCUAAUUUAAUUAAAAAUAUUGUUACCGCUGUUAACAACCGCUAUCCAAUUAAGGCAAUACACGCAUUUUCUGAUUCAACAGUUGCUUUAUGUUGGAUCCACGCAUCGCCCCACAGGUGGGAUACUUUUGUCGCGAAUAGAGUUUCUAAAAUUCAAUCUCUGCUUUCACCGCAUAAUUUUUAUCACGUGUCUGGUUCGGACAAUCCAGCCGACUGUCUAUCGCGAGGGCUUACUCCUGCCCAAAUAAUUCACUACCCCCUAUGGUUCAACGGCCCGCAGUGGGCUAAAUCCACCUUUUCGGAAUGGCCAGUCACCGCUUUCAAUCCUUCUGCUGUUAUGGACCCGCCUGAGGAGAAGAAACUCUCCUUUGUUACUCGUACACCGCCAGAAGAAUCUGUUUUCAUCGCUCUGGCAAAUCGCUUUUCUUCUUGGUCCAAGCUUCUUCGCUGCGUAGUUUAUAUCUGUCGUUUCGCAAAAUUAUUAACACCCGCACAUAUUUUAAAUUUUACUCCGUUGAAAUAUUUGCCCGCCGCAGAAAUAGCUGACAGUUCUUUGAUUUCACGCCACGCAUUAUUAGACAGAUUAGUGCAAACGUUCUGGAAGCGAUGGAGUGCGGAGUACCUGCACACAUUACAAUCUCGCGAAAAAUGGAAUACACCCGUCAAUCAGAUUACUGUCGGAACUGUUGUAAUUGUACGUACUGAAAACGCGCCACCACUUCAUUGGCCUUUAGGGGUUAUUGAAGAGGUCUUUCCGGCUUCUGACGGCGUAAUUCGAGUUGUUCGUGUAAAAACUGCAACCGGCUCUUAUUUGCGCCCUGUUGUACGUCUGUGCCCCUUACCUAGACAUUAG